AUGGCCCCCAGCAAUAGUCCCUCGUCUCCUGACGUGCGUCGCCGACAUGCUACGGAUACUACCUCGGUAACUACCAGCAAACGCCAGCGUGUAUCUCUCGCCUGCGAUCACUGCCGCGCCGUCCGAGGCCGCUGUGAUGGUCGUCGUCCCAGCUGCGGUGCUUGUCUCGCACAGCACAGGGACUGCUCGUACACGUCUUCGCGAAGGAGGAGAGGCACACCGACCGGUUACCUCCGUGCUAUCGAGUCUUCCCUGGCCUACCUCGUUCAGCAGUCGCCAAACAACGCCAAGCUUCUUGAAUGCCUACUCAAGAAUGGUACAGACAUCUUUGCAUCACAUCCAAACCCUGCUGCAGACCACCUGCAUAAGCAGUGGACCAAUAGCCGCUUUCGCAAGGAUAUGUGGUGCUUACUAGUCGACGGUUACCGCAGUGAGCACGACACAGACGGUUCCGUCAUGGAUGACGAGAGCACGAGUAUCAGAGGCACCAGUAUUGGCCGCACCAGCAUCGGAAGCAACGACGUACUCAGGAUCAUACCCGGACCACGUUCUACCCUGCCUCCAGAGCUGCCCGAUAGCACUCGUACCUCAGUUGCUACUUCUUCCUCCUCGGCCAUGAGCCAACAGCAACCCAACGCACAUCUCCCCACCAACUGGGAGCACCUUGUCGAUGUCUAUUUUGCCUACACGCACUGCUGGCUACCUAUUCUCGACAGAGAAACCGUCAUGGACGCAGCCCUGUCCUUCCCAGCAAACGGGAUUUCCACCAGCCAGAUGGCAAAUGUGCCUUCCAUGUACGCCGAGCUAUGGGCAGUCCUUGCUUUGGCAUCGUUCCAAGACUCAGACCCCAUGUCCAAUCACGACCCCACCGGGCCGCCGAACCCCUGCCCCCACACCAUAUACUCCGCUGCCCGCAACAUGAUGCCGUCCGAAGAGAAGCGCUUUGAGCUACCACACCUCCGGGCUCUACUCCUGCACUCUCUAGUCCUCAUGGGACAGGGCUCUGGUUUGGCGGCCUGGAUGUUGAUUGGCACGGCCGUGCGGCUAGCACUCCACCUACGCGAGACGGGCGAUUUAUACACGUACGGAGGCCAGUCCAGUCCAUCACCCGCAGGCCACCUCGCCUUUGCCGCCUCUCUGGCCCUCAACACACUGGCAUCAGCCUACCUCGGCCAGCCAACGUUUCUCAGUGUCGACACGGAGCAGCUUACGGCCUCCAUCAACGCCAUGGGCAACUCGUCACAAGACGAAGUCUGGGCCUCAGCCACGGGCGACGUGCCGCCCGCUCAGGUCAACCCCAUCAAGACGUUCCGACAGCUAUACAAGAUGACGCAGAUCCUCAGUGCCCACCGUGCCAACUCUUCGAGCGCCAAGCCUACCACCGCCCAAGCCCUCAUCGACUGUCUGGACCCUGAGUUCUCCUUCUGCAACAGCGUCAUCCUCGGCCGUACAACCCCCACCAUACCCUCGGCCUUCGUCUUGCAUGCCUGCUUCCUGACCGUGCUGACCCAGUGCGAGCCGGGCCGUCGGUCCUCGCUGCUCUCGUCCCUGCGCGAGGUAAUCGAGAGCUGUGUGUCCACCUUUGGCCCUCGCGGCGUGCCCCCGGUCGUGGUUUGUCUCGCCGGUACAGCCCUGCGCUCCAGACAUGCCAAUAGGAUAGAAGUCGGCGAGAGGUCUAAGUGGGAGCGUGUAGCUGGCCACCUGAGAAUGGUAUGGACCGGCCGCACAGGCGGGCGUGGCCGACUGGAAACACCUGCCGCCGUCAGUCAGAGCAGUGCGGACAGUAACCUGGCACCGGCUACGCCGGCAGCGUUGCACUCUGAUGCGGGGAGUAUACUGGGCAUGCAGCUUGAUGCUAACAGUGUGGAUUUCGACAUGGCCACAGCCACGGCUGGGACUCUCUGGGUUGGCGAGCACACGGCCGCGCAUGAUCCGUUUCUCAGCGAUAUGGGACCUACAUGGCUAAACGGGGGCACACCACCCUACAUGCCUUAG